AUGUCAAAAUCUUACGCCUCAUCUGCCGGAAGUCCCCCAUCGCUCGUCAGCGAUAAUGGUAGUUCUGACUCUGGAAAUAGCUCAGGCGCUGAAAAGAAAAAGAAGGCAGCAGAUAAGGCAGCAGAUAAAGCAGCAAAAAGGGUAGUUGGGAGAAUGCAGACAAAGUUUACAGAGGAGAAGGCAACAGAUAAAGAGGUAGCAAAAAGGGUAGUCGAGAAAUUUAGGAUAAACGUUAAAGACAACAAGGCAAAAAGAAAUGCUGAUAACGGUGGCAGUGGAAGGGGAAGUAGUAGUAAAGUAGCCGCCAAGAAACAAAGUUGGGACGCAAAACACACUCAACCAAAAUCGGUAGAAGUCGUUCAAACUCCUUAA